AUGAACCAAGAACAGUUUGAGAAGGAACUCGCGCGCCAACUCGAGAUCAAAGACCAAGCGCUGCGUCUUACCCGAUAUAAAAAUGGCAUAUCAAUCGACAGCAAGAAGGCGAGAUUCCCAGGUUUCCGCCAACAGAAGCGCAAUUUCAAGGCCGGACAGCAAGUUGAGCCGGGUGCGCUUCAUCUGAGUGAGGACCUGGUGAUGCAUGAAAGCGUGCCCAUGCAGCUGGAUGACGGCACCACUCUUUACAGCGACAUUUUCCUCCCGGCAAGUUUCCAAGAUCUGGACUCAAGAUACGCCGAUCCGGUACCAGCGCUGGUGGCAUGGAGUCCCUACGGAAAGCAAAAGGGCACAACGCUGCUGGACGAUUUUCCAUUCCGCGCUGGCGUCCUCAAAGAGCGACUGUCCGGCUUGCAGAAAUGGGAAGGCCCGGAUCCCGACUUUUGGUGCCCGCGAAAUUACGCAGUCAUCAACGUCGAUACGAGGGGUGCGUAUUCAUCCGAAGGCGAUCUCCUCAUCAUGGGUCACCAGGAGGCUCAGGACGGUGCCUCGUUCAUCACUUGGGUUUCGAAACAGCCCUGGUGUAACGGUAAAGUAGCUUUGACUGGGAAUAGUUGGCUGGCUAUAGCUCAGUGGCGUAUCGGAAACACUCUGGCGACGCAAGGAAAGCUAGAAGACAUCACAUCUCACGGUCGAGAGCAUCAACUCUACGAUGCGUACUGGGAGGACAAGAUUGCCCACCCAGAGCGUAUCAACGUGCCAGUCUAUGCUGCUGCCUCAUGGACGAACCCUGUUCACACCCCGGGAACCUUCGAGGCGUGGGAAGCCGUUCCGGACACCGUUCCCAAGUGGCUCAGAAUCCACAACUCCCAGGAAUGGCCCGACUACUACGAGGAUUGCAACCAAAAAGACCUACUACGCUUCUUCGACCGUUACCUGAAAACUCAAAAGAACGACUGGGAGACCACGCCCAAAGUCCGUCUCAGCGUGCUUCAUUUCGGCUUGGUGAACCAACAGGAUACGGUUGCACGCCCAGAGGCCGACUUCCCCCUGGCGAGGACGCGAUACACCAAACUCUUCUUGCAGGGAAACAACACUCUGUCACUCGAUCCUGAAGCCGCUGAAUCUGCGUUGCCCUAUGAUUCCCAAUCUGGAAAACAGACUUUCCUCUACCAAUUCGAUAAGGCUUGCGAGACGACUGGGUAUUUCUGCGCACAUCUUGUGAUGUCGUGUCCGGAGCAUACGGACAUGGAUGUCUUUGUACAAGUUGAGAAGCUGUCGGCUUUAAAAAGGCCCCAGGCUGUGCAGACGAUCAAGCCUCAGAAUGUUGUAUUGCAACGACUUUUGAAGUUCAUGCACGACUGGAAUAUCCUUCCUGGUGGUGCCGGUAUGGCCUUUCACCGGGGGCCCAGUGGAUGUCUGCGUGGCAGCUUUGCCUUGAGCCGCGAUGAACAGCGCAGCAAGGUAUACAAACCGCAUUACACAUUCACGGAGAAGAUAAGCCUUAAGAAGGGUGAAAGGCGAACUCUCGAUAUCCCAAUGAGCCCUAGUGGCAUGUUCUGGGAGAAGGCGGAUCAUCUUCGGCUUACGAUACAAGGCAGUGCGGUUGUCCCAUUUGCUUUGCCAGGGUUGGAGAUGCACUCUACUGACAACAAGGGCUUGCAUGUGGUUCACUGCGGCGGGGAUGGUGAGGAAAGCUCGCACCUGUUGAUCCCAGUUGUGCAGUCAUAG